AUGCUCCUGCUGUCAAUUGCAGAGGCAGCACUUCCGAAACUGCACACUUGGCGGCCGCAGGAAUUGGCGAACACUGGUUGGGCAUAUGCGCGACUUCUACUCCUGCACGAGAGGUUCAUGGAGGCCAUCGCAGAGCGGCUGCUGGUUCUCAGGCGCGGGAGUCUGCUGGAGAUUUGUAGUCAUCAGGGUGCGGCAUGA